GGUGCCGGUUUCAGUCCGGCCAUUCUUAGUCCCUGCCCUUUCGAGGCUGUAACACGACCUGUCAGUGGCUACGGGCUCCUCUGGCCACGGGAUGCCCCCUCCCUGCACCCCGUCCAGCCGGUUUGGGGUGACGCACCGUGGCCAAGCAGCCUUAAGUGCUUCUGUGCCUGGACCACGGCAGCAUGUCGGCAGAAAAGCUCAAGCAGCACAAAAUCAUCUUUGUGGUGGGUGGCCCCGGCUCGGGGAAAGGGACACAGUGUGAGAAGAUCGUGCAGAAGUAUGGCUACACCCACCUGUCCACGGGGGACCUGCUGCGGGCAGAGGUCAGCUCGGGCUCGGAGCGGGGCAAGAAGCUGCAGGCCAUCAUGGAGAAGGGAGAGCUGGUGCCCCUGGACACGGUGCUGGACAUGCUGCGGGACGCCAUGGUGGCCAAAGCAGACGUGUCCAAGGGCUUCCUGAUCGACGGAUACCCCCGCGAGGUGAAGCAGGGAGAGGAGUUUGAAAAGAAGAUCGCGCCCCCCACGCUGCUGCUCUACGUGGAUGCGGGGAAGGACACAAUGGUGAAACGCCUGCUGAAGCGAGGAGAGACCAGCGGGAGGGUGGAUGACAAUGAGGAGACCAUCAAGAAGCGUUUGGAGACCUACUACAAGGCCACUGAGCCUGUCAUUGCCUUCUACAAGAGCAGAGGCAUCGUCCGCCAGCUCAACGCCGAGGGCUCUGUGGAGGAGGUUUUCCAGCAGGUCUGCACCCACCUUGACUGCCUGUAACCGAAUCCCCGGCCCCAGUUCCCCCCAGUGCACUCCAGCAGAGACAGCGGAAGCGGCUUUAUCCUGUUUUCGUGGACGGAGCCGUGCGGAGGAAAUUUCAAGGACAUUGUGUUUGGCUCUUUCCCGUCUCUCCCCAGUAAAGUUCACUUUAAUGAA